AUGCCGUGUUCACUCGUCGCCAUCCUUGAUCUCAAGGGCAAGGUACGUUCACAUCGUCCAAGCCAAUCCGAUCGACGCGCAUUCAACUUGCUCACCUACGCUCCUCUCCACACAGUCCCUGAUCCAACGGUCCUACCGCGACGACAUCCCCUCGUCGACGAUCGAGCGCUUCCUGCCGCUCGUGCUCGAACAGGAAGAGGAAGGCGCCUACGUCACGCCCUGUUUCUCCAAUAGCGGCAUCAACUACCUUCACAUUCGGCACAACAACCUUUAUCGUCAGUCCGAGAGUACAGGCAGAUGGGCAUGGGUCGGGAACGCGCUCAAAGGGGGAGGGAGAUGAGCUGACACUGACACGCGGCCCUUGGAUCAACACCAUGUCUUGGCCUUCGCGUCAUCUUGCUCUUUGCAAUCACACGACGUAUCGCAACAGUCGUCGCAUUGACAAAGAGGAAUUCGAAUGCAGCAGAGAUCCUCACCUUCCUGCACAAACUCGUCGCGGUGAGUGUUUCACCCUCCUCGCGUCACGACAAUCGGCACAGCCCAAUCCCGGCUUUCUGACUCACGCAUGACUCGUCCCAUGCUCAUCCCUAUACAGGUCCUGACGGAAUAUUUCAAAGAGUUGGAGGAAGAGUCGAUUCGGGACAACUUUGUCAUCAUCGUCAGUUGGGCGGCUCCUCCAUCUGCCUCGGCGCGGCGCGAGGCUGUCCAAGGCUGACGGGUUAUGCUUCUGCUUGCCACUGACAGUACGAACUGCUGGACGAGAUGAUGGACUUUGGAUACCCGCAAACAACCGAGAGCAAGAUCUUGCAAGAGUGCGCCGCAUGGUGCACGCUGCCAUCAGGCCUGAGCAGAGCCAAGAAGCUGACAAUCCCUCAUCGGCUUGGCAUCCUCCCUUUAGGUACAUCACGCAGGAAUCGCACAAGCUGGAAGUUCAAGUACGACCACCGAUGGCGGUGACCAAUGCCGUGUCGUGGCGAUCUGAAGGCAUACGGUAUCGCAAGAACGAGGUCUUUUUGGACGUGGUUGAAUCCGUCAACUUGCUGGUGCGUUCUUCAAGGCGUGCGCUGAGGAUCCGAUGCGUUUGGGCACUGACAUCGUGUGCUCUUGUCACUCGCAGGUCAACACCAACGGCAACGUCGUGCGAAGUGAGAUAUUGGGCGCGGUCAAGAUGAAGUGCUACCUGUCGGGUAUGCCCGAGCUGCGACUGGGUCUGAACGACAAGGUCAUGUUCGAGAACACGGGGCGGACAUCACGCGGCAAGGCGAUCGAAAUGGAGGACGUCAAGUUCCACCAAUGCGUGCGCCUGUCACGGUUUGAGAACGACCGCACCAUCUCCUUCAUCCCACCUGACGGCGAGUUCGAGCUCAUGUCGUACCGCCUCAACACCCAAGUCAAACCAUUGAUCUGGGCCGAGGCGUUGAUCGAACACCACUCGGGUUCGAGGAUCGAAUACGUCGUCAAAGUCAAGGCGCAGUUCAAGCGGAGAUCGACGGCCAACAACGUCGAGAUCUACAUCCCCGUUCCGGACGAUGCCGAUUCGCCCAAGUUCCGCGCCGCGAUCGGGACCGUGCAUUACGUGCCGGAGAAGAGCGCGUUCGUGUGGAAGAUCAAGCAGUUGGCCGGGGGAAAGGAUUACCUCAUGAGGGCGCACUUUGGGUUGCCUUCGGUCAAGGGGGAGGAGAUUGAUAAGCGCGCACCGAUCUCGGUCAAGUUUGAGAUCCCUUACUUUACCGUAUCUGGUCAGUGCCCGCUGCUCGCUUGAAUAGUGUAUUACCUAUGACUGACGAGUCGUGGUGUGGCUUCGCAGGUAUUCAAGUGCGCUACCUCAAAGUGGUGGAAAAGUCAGGCUACCAGGCCUUGCCUUGGGUUCGGUGAGCAGACCCCGUUUAGUACUAGCUAGUGUCUCGGUCUAGACCGGACUGCUGACCCUUACGAGCCCUGUGUCGCACUAUCUCAACAGUUAUAUCACGCAACACGGCGACGACUACUCUUUACGAACAAACCAACUCGCGAGCAAAGCUGCGAACCCGAACGCUUUUUGA